UACGCCGAGCUAGCCACAAACUAGCUAGCUAGCAUCUUUUCUCCCACAACCACCUCAAUACAACCUCUCUGUGUCCCGAUAAUCUCACUGGUUUAAUCGAGAUACUCAAAAAAGACAUGAAUGUAACCUGCUUGGUGGUUCGGAUCGUUCGGUUGUCAGUCCAGGUCGGUUUAUUGGAAACCAGUUCUGCUAACGGGCAAAGCGGCUAGCAGACCUUCGAUGACAUUUCAGUGACAAACACAACAAAACAGUCUGCAUGGCCGGCUGCUGAGUUGGUGUUUGUGUGCGAGAAAGGCCAGCGGCCAGGCCGCAGAGUCCAAAAGUGAGAAAUGGCCACGCAGAACAGGAACUCCGUGAUGAUCCUGUCGGGUCGAGAGAGAGGAGCUCGCGUGCUGGGCUCCCAGCGGCUCCUGCAGCAGCUGGUGGAGGACAGGACCCGCUGGAUGAAAUGGCAGAGCCAGAAAGUAGAGCUGCCUGAUAAUCCACGAUCAACCUUCCUGCUGGCCUUCAGCCCAGAUAGGAAUCUUGUUGCCUCAACGCAUGUCAACCAUAACAUCUACAUCACGGAUGUCAAAACUGGAAAGUGCCUGCACUCUCUGGUGGGUCACCGACGGACGCCUUGGUGUGUGACCUUUCACCCCACCAUUCCUGGCUUGGUGGCCUCUGGUUGCCUUGAUGGAGAAGUACGCAUUUGGGACCUACAUGGUGGUAGUGAGAGCUGGUUCACGGAAAGUAAUGUAGCAAUUGCUUCUCUUGCGUUCCACCCCACUGCUCAACUUCUCCUCAUCGCCACCAACAACGAACUCCAUUUCUGGGACUGGAGCAGACCAGAGCCAUUUGCGGUUGUCAAGACCGCCAGCGAGACUGAACGUGUCCGGUUGGUGAGGUUUGAUCCUCUAGGUCAUAAUCUUUUGACUGCUAUUGUGAACCCAUCCAACCAGCAGAAUGAAGAUGAUUCAGAGGUCCCUAUGGACAGUAUGGAAAUGGCUUUAUUCCGCCAACGUUCUAUCUUGCGUUCUCCACCCGUGCGUCGCACACCCAUACUGCACAAUUUCCUCCACAUCUUAUCCUCCCGCUCAUCUGGGGUGCAAUCCAGCGAUCAGUCCCGCCCGUCCCUAGAGCCCCGAGAGUCUCCCAGCAUACCCCGCUUCCAGUACCCAGUGCGGGCAGAUCCAGGCGACCACACUGCCUUACAGGGCUGCACGCAGCACUUGGGUCUGGGCUGCUUGUGCAGUCGCUGCGCCGCCUCGCGGAACUUACUGACGCACAAUCCAACGUCUCUCCAGCCUGCGGAUUCUUCUCACCCUUUGCCUCAACCACAGACUCUGUUGGGUCCCUCUGCCUUCACGCCCACCCCCAGUCAGACCCGCCCUUCCACAGACCACCCCUCUGCGUUUAGCAGUGUGUUCAGUGGAACUUCUGGAAACUCUACACAUCGAGGUCUAUUGCCCCAUAGAACUAUUGGUCCCAUAGGGUCACAGACACCCAGCCCUCUUGAGGUUCCCGGGCGUCUCCCAGGGGCCGAUUGGUCUGGAAGUCUGCUUAGUACGGGGCAUGAACAAGACCUGGGUCUGAUUGGGGGAGAUUCGAGGGGUGUGGUGCCCCCUCCCAGAACCAGUUCCUCCUCUAUGGAUCUUCUCUCCUUACGUAGGUUCCCCGAUGGUUCCUCAUCAUCACCCAUAUACACAUCUGCUACCGAGGGGCGGGGCCUUGUGUUGCCUGGCACAGAACCCAACCGGGGUCGAGCCAACGACGGCACAAGCAGCGGGCACCACCCUUUCUACGAGAACACCCAACGAAACAAUCCUGCCUCUAUACGGAACGUUCUGCAAUGCAACCUGAGCCGCUACUUCAUGGAAUACGAGCGUAUGCAGGAAUUAGAGCGACCCGGUGGCAGCCGAGAAGUGGCGGGCAGACCGGGACCCAUGCAGGAGCUGCUCAGUAGUAGCAUGGACACUGAACGUCCAGGGCCUUCCCAUCAUAGCUCCUCUCCCAAUACUGGGAAUGUAGGUGCGGUCGCAGGUCCGUCUCAAAACCACCCCAAUCGCUGUCGUUCAUGCCACAACCUUCUUACCUUUAACCACGACACCCAGCGCUGGGAGCGUUCCGGUCAGACGUCCUCAUCGUCCGCCUCUCAAGAAGGGCCGUCAUGGCCGCUUUCAGUGCCUCCUUUUGAGGACCCAGGUCAGGGUGCCAUAGUGGAGGCCCAACCCCCUGAGAUGAGGCCUAUGGAGCUGGGCGAAGCCUCUUCUGGUCUACAGGGGCAGCAGCCCAUGGGUCUAGUGUAUAACCAGGAGUCAGGGCAGUGGGAAAGCGUGUACCGGCAGCCGACGGCCAGCGCUUCCUCUGAAGCAGCACAAAACGCCUUAAACCCAGAGGUGCCUGUUGAUAAUCCAGACGAGGACUCACUCAGGAGGAGGUUGUUGGAAUCUUCACUUUUUCCGUUCUCUCGGUAUGAUAUAUCAGGGUCCAGAGAUCAUCCAAUAUAUCCAGACCCUGCCAGACUGUCUCCGGCUGCAUACUAUGCCCAGAGGAUGAUCCAGUAUCUGUCUCGGAGAGAAAGUAUUCGACAGCGUUCCCUACAGAAUCGCCUGCGGACGCUCUCAAACUCUCAAUUGGAUAGCCAGUCCAACAACCCCUCCUCCACGCCACCAGAGGCCAGUGAUGGAGACUAUGAGGACAUUGAGGAACCAGGAGACAGGACCAGACACAGAAUGCCCCGCAACGCUCGAAUGUCGGCCCCCUCUCUCGGGCGCUUUGUCCCACGGAGGUUCCUGUUACCAGAGUAUUUGCCUUAUGCUGGACUCUUCCACGAAAGGGGUCAGUCAGGCCUGGCCACUCACUCCUCUAUUAACAGAGUAUUAGCAGGUGCGUCUAUAGGUGAUGGUCAGUCGGCCGUGGCCAGUAACAUCGCUAACACCACCUACAGGUUACAGUGGUGGGAUUUCACUAAGUUUGACCUUCCAGAGAUCAGCAAUGCCUCUGUGAAUGUGCUGGUUCCUCACUGUAAGAUCUACAAUGAUGCCAGCUGUGAUAUCUCAGCAGACGGGCAGUUGUUGGCAGUGUUCAUUCCCAGCAGCCAGCGGGGUUUUGCUGAUGAGGGCAUUCUGGCUGUCUAUUCCCUCGCACCCCAUAACCUGGGAGAGAUGCUCUACACCAAGAGAUUCGGCCCGAACGCAAUCUCAGUAAGUCUUUCUCCCAUGGGCUGUUAUGUGAUGGUGGGACUGGCCUCUCGACGGAUCCUGCUGCAUCCCACCACUGACCACAUGGUGGCGCAAGUGUUCCGCCUGCAGCAGCCACAUGGAGGAGAGACCUCCAUUAGAAUGAUGUUUAAUGUGGUCUACCCCAUGGCUCCAGACCAGAGGAGACACGUCAGUAUUAACUCCGCUCGGUGGCUUCCGGAGCCAGGCAUUGGGUUGGCCUAUGGAACCAACAAAGGGGACCUGGUCAUCUGCAGGCCAGUUGAUUUCCGCAGUGAUGGAGACAGUCAGUCGGAUCUGAACUCGGAUACUUUGUUUACAGUCAAUAGCAGCAGCCGAACUCGUGGAGUGGAACGUCCAGGGACGAGCAGGUCUGGCUGGCGAUUCGACCGAGACAUGGGCCUCAUGAACGCUAUCGGCUUGCAGCCGCGUCAGCCCGCUCCUUCUGUGACUUCGCAGGGGACGCAGACGCCAGUGGUGCGACUGCAGAACGCGGAGACACAGACGGAGAGAGAACUUCCUACAACCAGCACCUUCCAGAACACGCACACAUCCAGACACAUGGUUCAGACAGCAAGCACCAGCACGGAAAUAUAUACACACCAAGAGAUGACACACACACAGGUUCAGACAUCAGUUUCAGAGGGAUCACUGAACCGGACCAGCUUACCCACCACAUAUCAUGGUGAGUCAGCAGCCGAGCCCGUCCCAGGAGAGGACGCACUCUCUCGGAUCCGCCGCCUAAUGGCAGAGGGUGGAAUGACGGCGGUGGUCCAACGGGAACGCAGCACUACAAUGGCCUCUAUGGGCGGCUUUGGAAACAAUAUAGUGGUCAGCCAUCGGAUUCAUCGCGGCUCCCAAACCUCAGUGAGGACAACUCAGGCGGGAAACCUGAACACAGAACCACCUUCUGGGCCUGGUAGCUCAACUGCAUCCGUUUUUCACACUGAGUCUUUGAUAGACUCUUUAGAAGCUCCCGGUCCGUCGGGAUCUAGUGGCCUCCCACUUCCACCACGGUUUACCUCUCGUUCUGAAGUGCCAGGAGCAUCACCUAUGGUUGAGGUGGACUUAUGGGAUCGUCAAACUGAUGACCGUCUACAUCACCCAUCCCCUAGCAGUUUGAACAUGUCCAACCAUAGCAACAACAAUAACAACACUGAACAUAGCAACAGCUACAGUGACAGCAGAGGCCGAGAUUACCCUGACGACCUGUAUGGUAGAUAGUCUUCUGGUUGUCAUAGAGACGAAUGUCUCACAGGUAAAACACUGGUCUGCAUGGUGCUGGGGGCAUUCGUGGUGUACUUGCAGUGGAUAUUUUGUUACAAUGACAGAACAGAGCGUUUGUGGCAGAGCCACUGAACACCACCUCUGUUCUGACUCCUCCCACUUUGGCCUUAUUUCGGAAAGAAUGAGUGCCAAGUUAUUGAUGGCGUCUCCUUAGAGAUGUCAGUCAUGCUUUCUGUCAAAAACAACUAGACUCUUGCUUUGGGGAAGCAUCAUUAUUGCACUUGCUAGUUGCACUUAAGUUAUAAUUUUUCUUCCUUACAAGGUUGAGUUGGACAUUUAAUCAUUCCACGCGAGAAAGGGCGUCAUACUUGAAUUAUUCCCGUACUGCGUUACAGAGUUACGCAGUUGCAGUUAAACCACCCUUUCGAGCUCCAGAAACAUCAUCAGCCAAUCAAAGUGCCAGUUGAGCCUGGGGGCGUGUCCAUACUGAUUCCUUUGCGUGAACUAGAACUCAUGGAAUCUAAUGUUUUCUUCUGGACAUUUCGGUUUGAGGAAACAUGGUUGAGCAGUACAAACUCUUCACAGUUUAACACUAACGCUUAGCAACUCUCUCAACAUCAUGUAAUGGUUUUCAUAUUCAGAUCAGCGAUUACGCUUAAUGUGAUUGGUUAUUUGUGUUCGAUAAUGUGACUUCCAGUGCUUGAGUCAUGCGGUCAAUCAACGUCUGGAAUAGUGUCUGCUUUGAAGUUCACAGACUGACAAGGUGUGCGUGCGUGUGUGUGUGUGUGUGUGUGUGUGUGUGUGCGCGCGGAUGUGGGUUCCCCCUUAAACUUCCAAAUUGAGAAUUUUAUGAUGGUUUUUAAUUUGAAUUCAUUUUUCUGUGGUUUGAAAAAUACAGUUUUGGAAGCAUGUCGUCUCUACUUGUCAUUUGGGUUAAAAAAAGCAGUUCAAGAAGCUUCACUAAGGUUCAGAUCUCUCAUAUCUGCAUGUGUGUCCAGUUGCAGAGCUUUUAUGUGAAGGGUGGGGCUUAUGCUAAUUGGCAUAUAGGCUGAAGAACACACAUGACAUGUGCAUCAAAACAAGUGGAAUCUUGGUAUGUUGAGCAGUUUUUUAAUUAGGGCUUUUCAUACUUUGUGGUAAGUUAACUUGAGUGUAUGUGUGUCAAUUCACAGAUUGUUUUUGCAAUCAUUACAAUCACUUCACAAUUUUACACAUUUUACGAUUCACACUGACCAGAUUUCCCCGAAACACUCAAAACCCAAACAUAAAACUAUCAAAAUUUGUUUCCCAGAUCUUUUUUUUUACUUUUUAUGUUCAGUCUAACUAUUCCACUGCUGAUUUUCAAUUCGCCUUUUAUUAGUACGUUUUUAUUUUAUUUAUUUUUUUCAUUUUUUUUUUUACAGUUUUUCAGCCUUCCGAGCUGAUUGGCUGGUGGUUGUGUUCAGUUCCACCAAUCAUGGUAAGCCUCUUACAUUGUGAAAGAGACAAAUGGCAAGCGAUUUCACUACAGUACCCCAUUCUCUUUCCAAACUGCACCCAGGACGAUGUUACAGACAAUAAACAAGACAUAUCUCUAUCAUAGAUUUGGUUUAUUAAAGAUACUGACACUUGAAUAACCCAUAAUAGAGGAUUUCUUUGGACAUUGGACACUUAGGAGAGAGACGGCACUUAAUGUGUAUACCGCAUAUGUCUAAAACGCACACAUGUAUGUAUGUGUGUAUGUGUGCAUGUGUUUGUCUUAGUGUCUGCCACUAAACCUACAGAGUUUUAUUAUAAAUAAAUGUAGCAUUGUAAAUGUAUAGACGGAAAAUCAAGAAAAAACUUGAAAUCUUAAUCCAUAUUUUGGGGUGGGGUUUGUGUUUUUUAAAACAUAUUUGCCUUGUAAGCUCUAUUGUGCUUGUUUAGAUUCUCAUGUGUAUGAUUGGUGAACUCUGACGAUGAGUUGUCAUUGCGUUGAGUCCAAACAAGCAUUAACAGGCCAUACAUUAACAAGCAUUUAUAAAAAAUAAAAAAAAAAUGUAUAAGAGAUUACGUUUUAUUAGAUGUCUUGGAAAACUCCUGUUAUUUUAGCUGCUUGGCUUAAUAUGUAACUUUUGUGAGGGAAAAAAAAUAAGGUCCCCUUAAGAAUGGUUUAUCUGUAACCCUUUUGAAAGCUUUUGGAUAUAAAAUUGAUUCAGUUGUGGUCUUAUAAGCAAUGGCAGCUGAGGAACUUUGCUGGGGAACCACAGACCCUUUGGUGUUUUUCCAUGCGUUCAGUGCCUUGGAGGAAUUUUCUCCUAACUGAACCACAAAAGCCACUGUUGCUCGACAGAACAAGUAGUAGAUUUAUUUCAGCUCCUUUAUAAGCCUUUUGAAUGUUGAGUGUUUUAAGUUACUGAUAGGAAUAUUGGUGAAAGUAUAGUCAAUGUUUUGGUGCUUCUCAUUUUGAUAUUUAUUUUACGCUUCGUGUGAAUGGAAAAUGCAAUCAUGUUUAAAAAAAAAAGUUCAUCUCCAUUGGAGAGAAGGACCUUUUACUUGUAGAUACCCCAACUGACAACAUGGUAAAAAACUAGACAACUGUCAUUGGCAAAACCGGUCCAAAUUCAGAUAUGAUCUCAAAUUAUCAUUUAAAUAUACUGUAUGUCUUGCCCUGAAUUCACUUUUUUCUGACCAUAUGCAUACCUUUUUCUUUUUUUUUCUUUUUUUCUUUUUUUUUUUUGUAAGGAUGCUGAAGAAACAAGAAUAGCUGACGAAAGUGUAACAUUUUAAAAUGGUAAAUGUGUUUAUGUUGGCUGUGUGGUUAUGUAAAUGCUCUUACUGCUGGAUCGGUACUGCAACUGAAGUCAUGAAAAGAACAGAAUUCAACUUCCUCUUCUGCCCAGACAAGAGGGAUGUGUUGUUUUGACUUACCAUAAAUGUGUAGUUAGUUCUUUAUUUAGUGAAAAUGAGGAUGAGGUGUUGUAAAAUAAUUUUUGUGGGACACCAAAGAUGCUGUGGUAAUGACGAUUAUGAGAGUUUUAAUAAAAUGGGAAUAUGGAAAUGAC